AUGACUUCUAUGAAAAAUCUGGCCAGGACUGCAAUCAUUUUAUAUGCCAUAUGCUUUUUUACAAACUCGGAUGGAAGACCAAUGAUGAAAAGAUCAGUGAGUGAGAUGCAAUUGAUGCAUAAUCUUGGAGAGCAUCGACACACCAUGGAGAGACAGGACUGGCUUCAGAUGAAACUGCAGGAUGUGCACAGUGCCCUCGAGGAUGCUAGGACCCAGAGACCCCGAAACAAGGAUGAUAUUGUCCUGGGUGAGAUAAGAAGUCGGAGGCUGCUUCCUGAGCAUUUGCGGGCAGCAAUGCAGAAGAAAUCCAUCGAUCUGGACAAAGCUUACAUGGAUGUCCUCUUUAAAACAAAGCCAUAA